CAGAUGACAAUGGACGUACGCGCUGGAGUCGUUUUGGCUGCUCUCUCUCAGUCUCUGUUUUCGUACUGUUGCUCUGCCGCUAGUCUCAUAACUCCUCAGAACAUAUUUAAUGGGACAGUAGGUGGAGAAAUCACAUUUAAUUUGUCAAUUGAUCCAGUCGAUCAAACGGCGACUACUGGAACCUGGAGAUUUGGUCCGAAAAUUGUUGUGACCUGGACGGAAUCAAACAUUAUUUAUACAAAGGAUUAUAGAGAAAGAGUCGAGGUGUCUUACGCCACUGGCAGUCUUAAGUUUAAUAAGCUGUUUGCUAAUGACUCGGGAGAAUACACAGUGGCGAUUACAACAGCUCCGUCUAUGCUCAAUCUAGGUGGAAGAGUUGAGUUAAAAGUGUAUGUGUUUCACAAAAUUUCUCCAGCUCUACAUGGUGCUGGUCUCCGGGUCAAAGAGACUCCAUUGGAUAACCAAGUCAUCGAAAAUGAGGAAGAAUCUUCUGUGGCGAUCCAAUUGUGA